AUGUCAGACUCCAACUCAACCUACUUCACCAACUCCUCCACCUUUAUCCUGCUGGGCAUUCCUGGCCUGGAGGCAGCCCAUGUCUGGAUCUCCAUCCCCUUCUGCGCCAUGUAUGCCAUAGCCAUCUUGGGGAACUUCACCAUCCUGUUCAUCGUGAAGAGGGAGCCGAACCUCCAUGGGCCCAUCUAUUAUUUCCUGUGUAUGUUGGCCAUCACCGACCUAGUCCUGUCUACGUCCGUCCUACCCAAAAUUCUGAGCACCUUCUGGUUCAAUUCCAGGGAGAUCGAUUUCAGUGCCUGCCUCACCCACCUGUACUUCAUUCUCAGCUUCUCUGCGAUGCAGUCUGGGAUCCUUGUGGCCAUGGCUUUUGAUCGCUACCUGGCCAUCUGCGAACCCCUGAGACAUUCCACCACCCUGACAAACGCUGUGGUGGCCAAAAUUGGCCUGGCCAUGGUGCUGCGUGGCAUCAUACUCGUACUGCCCUAUCCCUUCCUGGCAAGAAGGUUGCCAUAUUGCAGAACCAACAUAAUUCCCCAUACAUACUGCGAGCACAUAGCUGUGGUGAAGUUGGCCUGCGCUGACAUUAGCAUCAGUAGUUACUACACCCUCUCUGUGUCAUUCUUCGUGAUCAGUAUGGAUGUGUUUUUUAUUGCCAUGUCCUAUACCCAGAUCCUCAGGUCCAUCUUCAGCCUCCCAACAAAGGAGGCCCGGCUCAAGACUUUUGGGACCUGCGGCUCCCACCUCUGUGUCAUCUUAGCCUUUUACAUUCCACAUCUCUUCUCCACCCUCGCGCAACGGUUUGGGCAAAAUGUGGCCCUGCAUUUCCACGUUCUCAUGGCCAACAUGUACCUCCUGGUGCCCUCCAUGCUAAACCCCAUCAUCUACGGGGUGAGGACCCAACAGAUCCGGGAUAGGCUGCUCCAGCUCUUUACUCAUAAAGGGACCUAA